ACAAAAUUUUACUGGUAAAGUCAAGCAACUCGUUGUUAAAUGUUUAAAAUAAGUUUUGUAUAAAAUCAUUCGCAGCAAGAUCUAUUAAAUCUAUCUGAGUUUUCAAAAGUUUACAUACACAACUCGGUAUAAACAAGUUAUGCCGGACCAGAUAAAUAUGUUUCUGUUGCCUAAUAUUCGAGAAAACUCGCAUACAAAAGCAAUAAUUUAUUAAAUAGCACGUUGGCCAGGACGAGAUUAAUAUCUAAAAAAUAGAAGACACUAUAAACGUCUUCAUUACUUCCUGUCACACUCCUUAAGAACAAAACUGUUUUUCACAGUAGAGUCGACCUUUUAUUAGAGUAUAUGUAUUGAAAAACAUUUCAGGGAGCAGUUUUAUUUUCGAGUUGUGUGGAAGGACGUAUUGAAUAUGUUUAUAGUGUUUUCUAUUUUUUAAACAAAUUAUUAAUUUAUCUGUUAUUAAUGAAUGUGUGAAAUCCGCGAAUCUGAACGCAGUUGUCGAAAAAAGAAAUGUAAACAACUCCCAUAGAAAAAAAAGCUCCUUGUGAGAAUUAGAUCCAAGGUCACCGUUUGCGAUAACAAUUAUAUGGGAAAGUUGACACAUAGCUGUCAAGAAUGCACCGUUAUUGUCAACAGUUGACGAUCAUGUGACUGCUUUCCCACAACAAUCGAAUAAAAGCUCGAGCCACCGGAGGCUCGGGGCGCUAGAAAGAAAGUUAUACUUGUCAAUGUGUGCAUUUCUUCUCCCAGACCUCCAUAGAACGAACUCAAACGGACGAAAAGAGAAGACAGACCACGGCUUCUAACUUCCAUUCUUAUCGCCAUACUACAGUUAUACGCCGGACUACGAUUCCUACGAACAAUUCGACGCAUGCCAUUCGUUCCUCAUAGAGGUAUUUUUAUUAGAGCAUUGUGAACUCUCUCUCGCUCAGAGAAUAGGCUGAGCCCCUCGGUAUAUUUAUCUCAUAUUUAAUCGCAUUUAACCGACUUUGUUAACUUUAGAUUUUGAUAAAUGCUUUGUUUAUUUGUUAAACCUCUCUCCUGUUUUUGAAAGGACGCCUGCCGACUCGCUCGCCUCCCUCGCCACUCGAUUAAAAAGCCAUCCGAAACGACAACGUAAGCGGUCCUCGAAGACUGCUGCCGAGUAAGUGGUCAGAUGGAUUAACCCUUGGCUUAAGGUAUCUCACAAAUGUAUUCAGCAAUUAUCUGAUCUUUUUAAUCAAGGUCGUUUACCAAAGAUAAUAAUGUCAUGUGCGAUAUUUUUUGAAUGAAGUAAUUCAGAAAUGUCUUCAUUAGGCCAACAGACAUUAUAUGAGGCCCCUGCCUACCGUUAAUUGGCAAUCAGACACACAAAAUAAUUAUUUUUAAGUUACUUUUUGUAUUUCUAUAAUUGUCAUUGUAAAAAAAUUUACCUCAAUCUAUUUUAACUGCAGUAGUAAGAAAACACCUCGCAAGAGGGCAAUAUCGUCGCUUUGAUUUUUUGAUUGCGUGUAUAUGAACAACUCUCUGCAUUUUUAUUUACCUACAAAAAGUUGCCACUUACUGAUCGAGCAGAACCGAUUCGUGGACCGAUAAAGUCAAGUAUGGAAGGAUCAGCUGAAGAUUACGAUAAAGUACCAAGAAACGUAGUACAUCUCUAUAUAAGAUCAUGUCUGGAUUUCCAGUUUUCAACCAUGGAAUGGUUUGACGACGAUAUUAUGUUGGAUAUUGGAUGUGGUCCAGGAAGCGUUACCAAAGACAUUCUCUUACCAAAAUGCCCAAAAUUGAAAAAACUCGUUGCUAUCGACGUAGAUCCUAGUAGCAUCGAGUAUGCCCGAAAGACCAAUUUUGCCGAUAAAAUAGAAUAUAAAACACAAGAUAUUAUAAAAGGCAUGGAUUUGGAAAAAAAUAGAAAAUACGAUAAAAUUGUAUCAUUUUUCGCCUUUCAACUUAUAUCUGAUUUCAAAAAAUUAUUUCCUGUUAUUUCCUCGAUUCUGAAACCUGGAGGGUUUUUUUUCUUUAUUAUUGUUACAAAAUCUCACAUGUUUACAUUCAUGCGUGAAUUGGAGGCCAUCAAAGAGUGGUCGAAGUACAUCAAGACCGAGGAGUUGCUUUCCUUAAUUCCGCCGACUGCAAAUUGGGAGGAUGCAGAAAGUGAGUUUAAAACAUUUGUUUCCGAGUUUGAAUUGCGAGUGACAAACAGUAAAUGCGAUGUUAUAACUAUGCCAUUUGUUGAUAAAAAGCAGUUUUUGGAUUUCUUUUUGGCCAUAUUGCCUAAAGCCGUGUUUAAGAAUAUGGAACCAGACGUCAAACGCCGUCUAUGGAAACUGGCCGAACCAAUUGCUCUCAGAUCUUUUUUCCAAAGUAAAAAUGGCACAGGUGUACAUUCUUAUGAAGUUUUGCAAGUUUUGGGACAUAAGGAAGUGUAGUAAUUAAUUUUCUUUAUUACUUUACAACAUAUGACCUAAUUGGAUUUGUAUUAUGGGGUA